AUGGUGAUUCUCUCUACUGUGCAAACGAUCCAUGAGACCACCCAAGAUAUCGAUCGUGGGGUCAAAAGGCUACGCCAGCUCGGUGAUGACCAAGAGUACCAAGCUGUUGUUGAUUGGCUUACACCGACCCUAUUCUGUCCCGGUAUACCUGGAGCAGGUAAAACUAUGAUCACUGCAACUACUAUCGAUUAUCUUUACCGUGAAUACCGGAAUAAGCCUAUGACUAGCAUCACCUAUAUCUUUGCAAUCUCCGACAGCAGCACGAACAGCGGAAUUCUAAGCACCCUGUACAGUGUCGCUGGUUCUUACUCAAAAGUUUUCAUCGUCAUCGACGCGCUGGACGAAUGUCAGGUCUCCAAUGAAGAUCGGGCAAGAUUUCUCCACUACUCAGAUACAUGGGGCAUGACAUCGCUAUCCCGGGCAGCAAAUGGGGGCCAUGAGGCUGUGGUUAAGCUCCUGCUGGAAUGGAAUGCUGGUACCGAGGAAAAGUCUCGUAAGGGUGAUACACCUCUUAUUAUGGCCGCUGACAACGGCCAUGAGGCAGUGGUACGAGCUCUACUAGGCAGGAAUGCUAGUGUUGAAGCAAAGAACAAUUCCGCUUACACUGCGCUUCUAUUGGCAGUUCAAAAUGGGUAUAAGGCGGUUGCCAGUCUCCUGCUGGAGAAGGGCGCCAAUACUUAA